UGGAGGAAGAGCUUCAUGCAGCUGGCCUUGGAGAACAUGACCAAGUCCACGGAGCUAGAAGACACGUAUCAGGAUGCCGCCAGCAACGUGCUGGUGGCCCUCUGUCGGUACUCAUGGCGGGAGGUGGCCCAGUACCUGGAGACGGAGCUCCUGACGGGAGUCUUUCCACAUCGCAGCCUGCUCUACGUGAUGGGCAUUCUGUAUUCUCAAGAGGAGCUUCUCAACAAGGAAGACAGAAGGAGCUGGAACAACCUUCUGACCCAGAUGGCCACCAAGUCUGUGCCCUUCCUGAACAUAGACGUGUGGUCCAACGAGAUGCUCUGGACCCUCACCAAGCCCAGCCAGACCCAGCAGGAUCAGAACCCGGAAAAGGCUUUCCUGUUCACCUACUACGGGCUGAUCCUUCAGGCUGAGGAUAAUAGUGCCAACGUCAGGACACACGUGCGAGCCCUCCUGGACACGUCCCACCAGUGGCCCAAGCAGAGGGAGGGCAUUGCUCUCACAGUGGGACUGGCUGCAACUCGCCACUUGGAUGAUGUCUGGGCCGUCCUGGACCAGUUUGGCCGAAGCACGCCCAUCAAGUGGAGCCUGAAAAGCUUCUCUAUAAAGGGCUUCGAGGACCUGCGGUGGAAGUGGGCCAGUAGUACCAUCCUCCUCUGCUACGGGCAGAUGGCAGCCAGGGCCAAGACCCGCAUCCUGCCGUGGGUGGACAACAUCUUGUCCAGAAUGAUCUUCUACUUCCGCGACAGCUCCUGGGAUGAGACUCUGAAGCAGAGCUUCCUCACCGCCAUCCUGAUGUUGGUGGCGGCCAUCAGCCGGAGCGAGGGUGCCCACAGCUACGAGUUCUCUCAGACCUGCGAGCUGAUGCAGUGCCUGAUGGUAUUGAUGGAAAAGGAGCAACAAGACUCGCUGUGCACGGCCAGCCGCCAGCAAGCCAUGCAGGUCAUCUCCAGCCUCUGUGCACUAAGACCACCCAUGGAUACGGACAGGAAAUCUCGGCUCCUCUCUACCUGCCUGCAUAGCGUCUUGGCCCUGCCGCUGAUGGACACCCUGGAGAAGCACACUUGCCUCUUUCUGGAACCACCCAACAUACAGGUGUGGCCUAUGCUGUACAGCCAGACCAUGGAGGCGCUGGACCACAUGCUGCAGAGCUUCAUGGUGCAGAGCCCCACGGGGGAUGAGCUGUACUUUCUGCUGUCGCACCUGAACUGCUGGCUGGCGUCGGAGAAGACCCACGAGCGACAGCGGGCUGCACACUGCUGCCUGACGCUCCUCAAGUUCUCGAACCACAACAUGUACUGUCGCACAAAGGGGUACUUCAGACAGAUUGGACAGCUGGUGGCCAUGCUGGGGAUUGUGUGCCAGGACCCAGAUAGGACCACCCAAUGCUUCAGCCUGGAAGCUGUGGGCCACCUCUACCAGAUCCUGGUACACCAUAAAACAGGUGACUCUUCCCAGGAAGAGCGGGAGAUCCCUGAGCAGCUCUCCCAGCUUGAUGUGCACGGGGACAGCCUCGGGAGCAGUGAAGACCAGCCUGACACCUGCUCGAUCUCCCCAGAGAUAACAUCUCAAAAGGACAGCAUCUUUCAGCUCAGCAGCUCCCAAGCCAUCAAGGCGGUCAUGACAUAUCUCUCAAGGGCAGACCUGGAUGACCUCAUCUGGAUAUUUGUUGAAAACCUGGGCUCCACCAGCCCCUUUCGUGUGGAAGCAGCCGCUGACCUACUUCUCCUUGUUGUCCAGGAGCAUGGGGCCAAGCUAAUGACUGUCACCAACAUAGGCCGAGCCAUUUACCACCACAUCUGCACCAUCCGCAUUCCCCAAGCUAAGGAAAACAUCCUGCGUGCUAUCACCCUGCUGGCCCGGAACCACACUCCUGAGCUGGUGGCUGCCUUCUUGGACUUUUCUGUGUCGCUGGACAGCCAUGCCUUCUGCCUAUGGAGGGCCCUGGGGGCCGAGCAGCCCGUGAGCCACCUGGUACUGGCUACCUUGCUGACCUGGUUGCAAAAGCGGACCCUGCCACCCAGCGACAGCGACAGCAGCUCCGACCCCAAGAAGGCAUACCUGUACUCAUUGGCCGCCAUGAACACAAUUCACGAGCUGCAGUUUGCACGAGAGUACAAGAAGGCCAUGCGGGAGGCCUACCCUCAACUGCUCCUGGCUCUCCUGGCCCAGGUACACUUCACGCUGGAGCUGACCGUGCUCACUGGUCCCCAGGCGGGGCUGCAGGCCAAGGAGACAGUCACGCCCAGCCCCCAGAGGUGUAGCACAUCCCUAGAGGCCCUGAAGAGCCUGCUGUCCACCACAGGGCACUGGCAUGACUUUGCCCACCUGGAACUACAGGGCGCUUGGGAGCAGUUCAACUCUAUGAGCACUUACCCACAGGCUGUGGGCCUCCUUGCCAGGGCCAUGGUGCAGAAUGGCUGCAGAGAGACCAAGGCAGUUCUCUGUCAGCUGCUAUCCAGCCUACAGAGCCAGCAGGAACGGGAGAGGAAGACAGCCAUGCUGGUCCUCACAGAGUUCCUCUACAGCCCCACCUUGCUGGAGGUGCUUUCCAAACAGGCCGCCCUGACUGUGCUGGCACAAAUGCUUCAGGACCCCGGCCCCGAGAUCCGCGUGACCAGCCUGCAAGGCCUCGGAAACGUCCUCUUCCACCCGGGGAAGGAAAUCCUGCUCAGGGGACAGCUGUCGUCCUUCCUCGACGGCUUCUUUCAGAACAGCGAGUCAGUGGUAGUGGGCAUCAUGGGCAUGGUGUCGGAUGUGCUGCACCGCCUAGGCACACAGGGGGCAGGCUCCCAGAGCCUCAGUGUGGCCGUCAAUGCCCGCUCCUUCUUUGAUGACGAGCGAGACGGGAUUCGAGCAGCAGCCAUGGCACUGUUCGGGAACCUGGUGGCAACGAUGGCAGGCCAGGAUCUGAGUGCCCUGCGGGCUCAGGUGUACCAGAGCAUGGUGCCUCUCCUCCUGCACACGAAGGACCACUGCCCUGCUGUCACCACGCAGGCCAAGUUUGCCUUCUACCGCUGCGCCGUGCUGCUCCGUUGGCACCUGCGGUACACCCUGUUCUGCACGCUGGCCUGGGAGCGGGGCCUCAGUGCCCGCCACUUCCUCUGGACGUGCCUGAUGACUCACAGCCAGGAGGAGUUCAGCAUCCACUUGGCUCAGGCCAUCAGCUACCUGCACAGCCACCACCACUACAUCAAGACCUGGGCAGCACUCUUCAUAGGGUACACCACCUGCUACCACCCCAAGGCCGUGUCCCAGGUGGUAAACGACGUGGACACCAAGCUGCUGCUAUGUGCUUUUAAAGACCUCAAAAAAGACCCAGAGCCUGGCAUCCGUGAAUUUGCUACCAGACAGCUCUCCUUCUUUAAAGAAAUGUCAGCCAGAUCCAAUAAGUGACCUCCAGCCGUCCUUCUAAUCCUUCAUCCCCAG